ACUUAUAAAGGCAGCAAAAUGUUUAUAGAAAUUAUAUUAAUAUUGUUAGCGCUGCUUUUGCUAUGGGAUCAUUUAAAGAUGCGCAAACCUUAUCGCAUGCUGGAGGCGGCGGGCAUGCGUGGACCCAAGAAAUUGCCGCUUAUAGCGAAUGCAGGUUUGCUCAUAGGCGAAUCUGCUGCAACUAUGAUGGAUGUGGAGUUUAAGCUAAUCGAGCAAUUCGGUCGCAAUGUGCGCUUUGGAAUUUUUCACGAGUUUGGCUUUUUGACUGCCGAUGCGCGCAUGAUCGAAGCUAUAUUGAGUAGUCAGCAAACUAUAAGCAAAAAUAGUCUCUACACUUUGCUGCAGGGCUGGCUGGGCAAUGGUUUGCUGCUUAGCACUGGCAAAAAAUGGUUUAGACGUCGCAAAAUUAUUACACCCACUUUUCAUUUCAAAAUACUCGAACAAUUUGUUGAGGUUUUCGAUCAGCAAAGCGCUGUGAUGGUUGAGCAGCUUUAUGCACAAGCCGAUGGCGCCACUGUCAUCAAUAUGUUUCCAGUCGCUUGUCUAACCGCCUUGGAUAUUAUAGCUGAGACCUCAAUGGGUGUUAAAAUCAAUGCGCAGCGUUCCCCGGAGUUUCCCUAUGUGCAGUCGGUUAAAAUCGUCUCCAAUAUGAUGGCCGAACGCUUUAUGAAUCCGCUGCAGCGUUUUGAUUGCACCAUGCGCGUUUUCUAUCCCAAGCUCUUUGCCACAUUGAAUCAUCACAUCAAGUCCAUGCAUGACUUUACCGACAAAGUUAUACGCGAGCGACGCGAAACACUUACAAGCUCUUUAAAUCGCUCAAGCGCUCACCCUGAUGCGGAUGAUGAUGUGGGCAGCAAGCGCAAGUUGGCGCUGCUGGAUGUUCUGCUGCAGUCCAGCAUCGAUGGUCAGCCGCUGAGCAACGAGGACAUACGUGAGGAGGUGGACACAUUUAUGUUCGAAGGUCACGAUACCACAACGAGCGCCAUUGCGUAUACGUUAUAUUUGCUGGCCAGACAUGAGCGCGUGCAGCAGUUGGCAUUUGAGGAAAUCAAAGCAGUCAUUGGCACGGACAAGAGCAGACCCGUCGACAUGCGCCUGCUGGGCGAGCUCAAGUAUCUGGAGUGUGUCAUUAAGGAGUCGCUGCGUCUAUAUCCACCAGUGCCCAAUAUCGGGCGCAAAAUAACAGAGGAUGUUGUACUGGAUGGCAAACUCAUUCCCGCCAACACCAACGUCACACUGCUCACAUAUCAAGCGCAGCGUGAUCCAAAAUAUUUCCCCGAUCCUGAGGCGUUUAAGCCAGAACGUUUUAGCCCCGACUAUGAAGGCAACAUUGAUGUGUUUGCCUAUACGCCGUUCUCGGCGGGUCCGCGUAACUGCAUUGGCCAAAAGUUUGCCAUGCUGGAGGUGAAAAGUACACUGAGCAAAAUGCUGCGACACUUUGAGCUGCUGCCAUUGGGCAAACCAGUGCAGCCGAUAAUGAAUUUGAUAUUACGCUCGACUACGGGCAUUAAUGUAGGUCUUAAGCCGCGAGUUUAUUAAAUUUUAUUAAAUUAAUUUAUUAAAACUGAAAUUAU